AUGGUGGCGCAUGAUUCUCCAAGGCGUCCGGCUCCUGGUCGUGAUGAUGCCGAUCCCACGGCUCCGCUACUUCAGCCUGCCGCUGCCACUAACGGAGAGAAUGAGCAAAGUCGCACGAAUAAACCCAAAGGCCUAUUGCAGAGUCUUCGGGAAUUUUAUAACAACAAUUUUGGCCUAUUUCUUGUGUUCCUCGCCCAAUUCUUUGCGUCAACGAUGAUAAUGACUACCAAGUUGCUUGAAACUGGCUUCGAGACCAAGUUUCACGCCCUGCAGAUCAUAUUUGUCCGCAUGUUUUCCACAGCAAUUAUCGGGUCUCUAUGGAUGACGUAUAAGGGCGUUCCUGGGUUCCCAUUUGGCCCUCGUGGCGUCCGGAGACUUCUUGUUAUUCGAGGGACUGCAGGAACUAUUGGAUUGUUUGGUCUAUAUUAUUCACUAUCAUACCUCGACAUGUCGGACGCUACGGUCAUCACCUUUCUCGUACCUACUCUUACUGCAUUCGUGUGUUGGGUUGCUCUUCACGAACCCUUUACGGUCAAAGAGGCACUGGCCGGGCUUCUUGCUUUUGGAGGCGUACUAUUCAUUGCUCGGCCACCGUACUUGUUUCCGAGCCAGGAUGGGGAUGAUAGUCAAGAGAACCAAUCUCUAACGGCUGAUGUCUACUCACUUAUUAACAUUGAUCGCGAGGGGGGGAUUGUUCCCCCAGCGAAAGCGACUCCCGCUGAGCGUGCAGUGGCUAUUGUUCCCCCAGCGAAAGCGACUCCCGCUGAGCGUGCAGUGGCUAUUGCCUGCGCGAUCCUAGGCGCAUUUGCCGCUGCCACAGCAUAUGCUACCAUCCGUGUAAUCGGAAAACGAGCACACUCGCUUGUUAGCGUCAAUUAUUUCGCUGUACUUGGCUCUGUCAGCUCCUUUGCGAUAAUCAUGAUCCAUCCGGACCUUCAGUUCGAGAUCCCUCACACUGCGACCCAAUGAGAGAAGGCAGGACGAGCAACAAAUCUUAUUUACACUCAAAUGAUCUGGGCAUUGGUUUUCGAACGGGUUGUUUGGGGCACAACACCUCCCAUCACCAGCUUUAUCGGGAGUGGGCUCAUCAUCAGUGGAGCAGUUUGGAUCAGUCUCCAAAAGAAAGCUCCGGAAACCUCCAAGGGGCAAACUGUGGAUGAUGAGAACAGAACUCCA